AUGAUUCUGAAACACGUCAGUCUAGCGAAGCAAGAUGAGAAAUGGGAAGACGAGGAGACAGAGACGUUUCUGCAAAUGUUACCGCUACCGUGGACGGAAGAGGUGUAUCAUCCGGGCGGCGAAAAUCUGAGGAAAACGAGAACGCGCUUUCCGUGUCCGCGCUGUCGCAAGAGCUACACCACGAAGAGCGCCGUCACGGCCCACUACAAGUACGACUGCGGCAAACCGCCGCGCUUCGAGUGUCCGUACUGCGGCAAACUCAGCAAGAAAAAAUUCAACGUGCAGGAUCAUAUCAGGCACAAACAUCCGUCGCGACCGAUAACCUGCAACACGCUCUUCUAG